GGACAAAAUGAUGCGGACUUUAGACGUAACCCCGCAAUAGAGCUCCACCCAUACUCAAUUCGAAUAUCCACAAGAGGAAUGGAAUCUGAAGUAAGACACGGCGUUAUAUCCCUUUCCUCCGACGCUGGCUUCCUGGAAUCGAGAUGUUUCCAGCAACGGAGACGAUAUUAAAGCGCGGAUCCUUCUCCAUCAACAGCUCAAUUCGCCCCCGUCAAUAUCCACACGAUUGAGAAGAAGAAGAAGACAUCGUCAACAUGGCAGAGCAAGAGCACAAGAUGGAAUAUGUCAACCUAGGCAAGUCGGGCCUCAAAGUCUCGCGCGUCAUUCUGGGCGCCAUGAGCUACGGCAGCAGCGAGUGGCAGCCCUGGGUGCUGGACGAGGAGGAAGCGCUCCCGUUGCUGGAGCACGCGUACAAGAUGGGUAUCAAUACGUGGGAUACGGCCGACAUCUACUCGCACGGCCGCUCGGAGCGCCUCAUCGGCAAAGCCCUGAAGAAAUACAACAUCCCUCGCUCCAACGUCGUCAUCCUGAGCAAAUGCUUCUUCGGCGUCGAAGAAUCCGCCGUGGGCACGUCCAUCGCCGCCUCAUCCACCAACGACGGCGCCCUCGUCAACCGCGUGGGGCUCAGCCGCAAGCACAUCCUCGACGCCGUCGACGCGAGCGUCGAGCGCCUCGGCACCUACAUUGACGUCCUGCAGAUCCACCGACUGGAUCGCGACACGCCCAUGGAGGAGAUCAUGCGCGCCUUGAACGACGUGGUCGAGAGCGGGAAAGUAAGGUAUAUCGGCGCGAGCAGCAUGGCGUGCUGGGAGUUCCAGAUGAUGCAGGAUAUCGCGGAGAGGAAGGGGUGGCAUAAGUUUAUUAGCAUGCAGAAUUAUUACAAUUUGCUGUAUCGGGAGGAGGAGAGGGAGAUGAUACCCUACUGCAACCACACAGGCGUAGGCCUCAUCCCCUGGUCCCCCAUCGCCCGCGGCGCCCUCGCGCGCCCCUGGUCCGACCGCUCCACGAAACGCGCCUCCACAGACGCUUUCCUCGCGCACCUCGUCCACAGCCGGGACGACGCCACGGACAAGGAAAUCAUCUCGCGCGUCGAGCAACUGGCGAACAAACACGGCGUCAGCAUGGCCUGCGUCGCCACGGCGUGGUGCGUGAAGAAGGGCGUGUGUCCGAUUAUCGGCCUGGGGAGUAAGAGUAGGAUUGAUGAGGCGGUGAGGAAUGUGAGGUGGAAAUUGAGUGAUGAGGAUGCGAGGUUCCUCGAGGAGCCGUAUAGGCCAAAGGAGAUUCAGGGGUUUGUGGUACCGGGGCGGUCUCAGAAUUAGGGGGGAAUGAAUAGAGAGAGAGAGAGAGGCUGUCUAUGUAUAUGGAUGGGGUUGCCACAAGUCGAUGCAGGCAGGUACAGAGGUACUAAAUACCAAAUAGACUGAUAUCCAUCACAUCCCAUCACGCCACACGGCAUCAGGAA